AUGUCUCCUCCACCACCGUCUUCCUCCUCUAAUCCGAGUGGGAGCUAUCUGGAGCAGACCGUCUCUCUCCUGAGCACCGCUGCCGACUAUAUGCGCUUGCCGGCCCUGGUAUCUACAGGCGUGGCUGCUGUCUUAACGUCACUCCUCUACUUCAAACAAAAAGCCCUCAUCUACCCGUCUCAUAUGCCCCCGAAUGCUCGGACCGAUGUACCACGACCUUCACAAUAUGGAAUCAAGGACUUCGAAGAGUUGGUCAUACCUACCAAUGACGGAGAGAAGUUGUCGGCUUUCUACAUACGCAGCCCGAGAGGCGGGCGCAACUCAAACUGCACCAUAUUGAUGUUCCAUGGCAAUGCUGGCAAUAUCGGACAUCGAUUACCUAUUGCCCGCAUGAUCAUCAAUUAUAUUGGUUGCAAUGUACUCAUGCUCGAGUAUCGCGGUUACGGUUUGUCGACCGGGGAACCGGACGAGAAAGGAUUGAUGAUCGAUGCCCAGACCGCCCUUGAGUAUCUGCGAGAGCGAGCUGAGACAAGUGAUCACAAAAUUGUUAUUUAUGGCCAGAGUCUUGGAGGGGCUGUGAGCAUCAAGCUUGCUGCCAAGAACCAGAAUGCUGGUGACAUUGUCGGCUUAAUCUUGGAAAACACAUUCCUCUCGAUGCGGUCUCUUAUCCCCUCAGUUAUCCCACCCGCCAAAUACUUGACCCUACUCUGUCAUCAGGUCUGGCCAAGCGAGACGGUGAUUCCCACCAUCACCGAGGUUCCCAUCCUUUUUCUUAGCGGUCUGCAGGAUGAGAUUGUCCCUCCUGCGCACAUGCGCAAACUAUUCGAGCUAGCCACAACCCCGACCAAGAUCUGGAAGCCACUGCCUGGUGGUGAUCAUAACUCGAGUGUGCUUGAAGAGGGCUAUUUCGAGGCGAUAUCCGACUUUGUCUCUAAUGUAGGUGGUGAAGAGCUGCCCGGGAAGAGAGGGUAA